AGAAAGUCCUAGCCUAACGAAUCUCUAGAAUAAAGAAAAAAAAAAUCUCACAAAAAAAAAGUUACUUCUUGUGUAUGUAUGUUCACAACAAAUCUCCAAAUAUUUAAAAUCAAAAUCUUUUAAUACACUGACACGAUAUUUCUGGGGGGAGGGGGCAUGUUUCUUGAAAUGAAUUCAUUUAUGUGAAGUAAGUAGGGGUGAAUCUGAACAAUUAAAAAAUAUGGGGGCAACAAAUAGAAACAAUACAAAAAAUAAUUUUUUUUAAUUAUUAUUGUCGCUAACUGUAGCCUUCCCUCCACAUCUAUGCCCAACAUAAAAAGUCCCUCCUUCCCUCGUUUUCUGCUCUCUCUCUCUCUCUUCUCUCUCACUAAAACCCUCGUUUCCCUCCAAUCUCCGUCCAUAAUCUCGCCGCCGGGAUCUUCCCAUCCAGCUCCGUUUCCCUCCAAUGUCCGGCGGCGUACGUUCUUCCCCGGGACAUUCUCAGCCGCCACCAUCGUCAACUAACCCUGUGGUCCCACCCAUACGUCGACACUUGGCGUUCGCCUCAACGAAACCUCCCUUCCAUCCCUCGGAUUACCGUCGAUUCACCCCUUCCUACGAUAGUAGCAGCCUCUGUGCAAUCGUAGAUCGGGAGGAGGACGCCGUCGUUUUAAGAUCUCCUUCACGGAAGAGAAAGUCGAUGAUGGAUGUGGUUACUACUACCACUACUACUUCAAAUAGUAAUGGAUUCACGAGCUUUGGUUCCACUAGCAUACACAACAGUCCCUGUCACACUCCUGUUUCAGCUAAAGGAGGCAGAGUCAACACCAAGUCAAGGGCCAAAGGGACUCAGUCACUUCCUCAAACCCCCAUCUCAAAUGCUAUUGUAGGUUCUCCUGCCACACUAACUCCUUCUGGAAGUUGCCGUUAUGACAGUUCUUUAGGUCUCCUUACCAAAAAGUUUGUCAAUCUAAUCAAGCAAGCCGAAGAUGGGAUGCUGGACCUAAACAAAGCUGCAGAAGUAUUGGAGGUGCAGAAACGACGUAUAUAUGAUAUUACAAACGUUUUGGAGGGGAUUGAUCUCAUUGAAAAGCCUUUCAAGAACCGUAUACUUUGGAAGGGAGUUGAUGCUUCGAGGCCUGGCGAUGUGGAUGCUGACGUAUCUGUCUUACAGGCAGAGAUUGAAAACCUUAACCUCGAGGAGCAAGCGCUAGAUAACCAAAUUAGAGAAACGGAGGAAAGACUAAGAGAUCUUAGCGAAAAUGAAAAGAAUCAGAAGUGGCUUUUUGUAACUGAAGAGGACAUCAAGAGUUUACCGGGUUUCCAGAACCAAACUCUGAUAGCUGUAAAAGCUCCUCAUGGCACAACUUUGGAAGUCCCUGAUCCAGAUGAAGCGGGUGAUGUCCCUCAGAGGAGAUACAGGAUCAUCCUAAGAAGUACAAUGGGACCUAUUGACGUAUACCUUGUCAGCGAAUUUGAGGACACGAAUGGGAGUGUUGCACCACCAGCAUGCUUGCCGCCCAUUGCUUCUUGCUCGGGAUCUACAGAAAACCAUGACAUCGAAGCCUUAACUCUUGAUAACACAGAAACUUCCAUUGAGCAUCAGAUGUCUCAAGAUCAUGCACAUGCUCAACCGGGCGAUACCUCUGAUCUUAAUUAUUUGCAGGAGCAAGUUGGAGGAAUGCUUAAGAUUACUCCCUCUGACAUCGAAAAUGAUGAUACGGACUACUGGCUUCUCUCCAAUGCUGAGAUUAGCAUGACGGAUAUUUGGAACACUGACUCUGGUAUUGAUUGGGACUAUGGAAUAGCUGACGUGAGUACUCCACCACCAGUAAUGUGUGAAGAAAUAGCCCCAGCUGCUAUUGACUCCGAACCAAGAUGAUUGCAAGAAGACCAAACACCUAUCCCAGCUUCUGAUUCCAGAUGUGUUCCUUCACAAUACUCUUGGCUCCUCAAUUCAAAUCCAAGGAGGGAGCAGAUACAGAACGUGUAUGAACCAGUGGCAGGUGCGUUCCAUACAGUGUACGAUUAAAAUAUGCUUCAUUUAUCGCUAGAGAGUGAUGGUGUAACGAGUGACAAUGUAGAUGAACUAAUGUAAGUUUAAGAGAGAUAUACUUCAUCGGG